UAUUUCAGCCCUGUGAGAGGCGGAGCCAAGUGGUACCCCGAUGCAGAAUGGUUCAAGCAGUUUUCUGGACCUGUGAUGAUGCCUUAUGAAGGCAUGAAAUUGGAAAUACCUUCCUGGAAUGGCAGGUUAGCACCUGUAGAGAAAAAAGUUCGCAAUGUGACUAUUAAUUUUGGACCCCAGCAUCCAGCUGCCCAUGGCGUGUUGCGGCUGGUGCUAGAGUUGGAUGGUGAGACUGUGGUUCGUGCUGAUCCUCAUAUAGGUUUACUGCACCGUGGGACAGAGAAGCUUAUUGAAUACAAGACUUACACACAGGCCCUGCCUUAUUUUGAUCGUCUAGAUUAUGUAUCUAUGAUGUGCAAUGAGCAAGCUUUCUCUCUGGCUGUGGAAAAGCUUCUGGGCCUGGAAGUUCCAAUCAGAGCAAAAUAUAUUCGCACUAUGUUUGCUGAACUUACACGUAUCUUGAACCACUGCAUGUUCUUGGGAACUCAUGCAUUGGAUAUUGGCGCACUUACUCCAUUUUUGUGGUUGUUUGAAGAACGUGAGAAGAUGAUGGAAUUUUAUGAGCGAGCAUCUGGGGCUCGUCUUCAUGCUGCAUAUGUUCGACCAGGAGGUGUUGCCAUUGACCUCCCAAUUGGCCUGAUGGAUGACAUUUAUGACUUCAUCAGCAAGUUUGGUGAACGCCUUGAUGAGGUAGAGGAUGUCCUCACAAACAACCGUAUUUGGAAACAAAGAACAGUUGACAUUGGUACUGUGACUGCUGAGGAAGCUCUUAACUAUGGCUUCAGUGGUGUGAUGCUAAGAGGGUCUGGUGUUAAGUGGGACUUGCGCAAAACUCAGAGUUACGAUGCUUAUGACCUAGUCGAGUUUGAUGUUCCAGUGGGAAGAAAAGGUGACACAUAUGACAGGUACUUAAUUCGGGUUGAGGAGAUGCGACAAUCACUGCGCAUCAUCGAGCAGUGCCUGAAUCAGAUGCCACCUGGAGAAGUACGUGUCGAUGAUGCUAAAGUUGCUCCGCCAUCUAGGGCUGAAAUGAAGGGCUCAAUGGAGGCACUUAUUCACCACUUCAAGUUGUUCACUCAGGGCUAUCAAGUACCUCCAGGUGCCACAUUCACUGUAGUUGAAGCUCCUAAGGGUGAAUUUGGUGUGUAUCUUGUCUCUGAUGGAUCAUCACGGCCUUACAGAUGCAAGAUUAAGGCACCAGGCUUUGCUCACCUUGCAGGAUGUGAUAUGGUUGGAAAAAAUCACAUGUUGGCAGAUAUUGUAGCCAUCAUUGGUACUUUGGAUAUUGUAUUUGGUGAGGUGGAUCGCUGAAAAUAUUGUUUAUUAAAUAGCUGUUACACAAUACAACAUGAAGUACAGUACUGUAUAUAAAACAGUGAUGCAACAAAUUGGGCACCAUACAUUGUAAA